AUGAAGGGUCCCUUAAAACAAACGAUAAGAGACGAGUCUUCGCGAGCAUUAGAUUCAGACUUAAGUAGUCAGCCUGAUUUUGAGGGAGUAUUAAGAAGUAAAGACCCAACAGGAACAGUAAGCUCAAAAGAAAGGGAUAUCGCCUUUAAUGCAGCAGUAGAUGUUUUGAUUGCCGUUGCCAUAAACGAUGUAGAAUUGGCCGGAUUAAAUCCAGCCGAUCUCGUGGUGGAGAUAGCCAGAGAUGUUUCUUCAAAAAUAAAACAAGUUAAGGAAAACCUACAAAACGAGAUAGCCGCGGCAAAAGAAACGCAAUUGAAAUUUGAAGUUACUGAGAGUAUGCUAAAAAGCAGUACGGAGGCUCUUGACGAGUGGAAUAAAUUGAAGACCCUUGACGCAGCAAAACCAGGUACAAAAAUUAUCGAAGAGGAAACUGUUGGUACAGGAGAUAAAGAGCAUUUAAAAGUGACAAUCCACGUAACAAAUAAGGUAUUGCUCAAAGAAAUAUUGAAGUUGUUACAAUAUUAUCCUGAAAUAUAUAAAAGCCAAGGAAGAAAACAAACGAGGUUCGAAGUUGUAAUUGGCGGAGAAACAAGGAAAUUUCGUUUAAGUAUGGCACCAAGAGGAGUAAACCAAAUACUGGUACAUACCAAUGAUGAUGAUUGGCCUGGUACUACUAAAAGAGGUAGAAAAGGUAAAGGUGGUCUUUGGGCUCCUGAUUACGACACAAUGAUAGAUGGCGUUUUUAGUAAAUUUCCUGACCACGAAAAGCUAGCGAAAGCUAUCCGUGAGGCCGUCUACAACAGACUUGACAGUCAACCCGAUUUCUCAACGGAUCUAAAAAUUUUAAACCAACCUGAGGAGACCGCUGACGCAAUUCGAGCUACUGUAGAGUUUAUGGUAGUUUCGCUGGUUGCAGAAGCGGCUCAGCCAACCGAUAAGUCCAAAAACGAAUUUCUAACAAAACUAGCACAAAAGAUACAAGAGGAAAACCGAUUCCCAAAAAGUGAAGACAUGCCUAAACUAGCCGAAUUAACUGAAAAAUCAGGACGAAGUCCAGGAAUGGACGAGCUUGUCAUGAACAUGCUUAAAAACGUCGGAACUGCCAAAAUAGAAGAAGUGUUUAGCAAAGAAAAUUUUCCCGUAAGGACUCAAAAAGGAACACAGAAAGGGCGCGACUUGCUACAUAGAAGAGGAAGUGAAGAAGUUGCGGUACAUCUUGUCCGCUUGGCUUCUGCUAAAGAGCACGAUGAACGUCUUAUCAAAGACAAAGGCUCCGAAAAGUGCACACGUCGUCGAAGAAAACGCUUUGCUUGUUCGCUAAACGAUAAAAAUUCUGUUACUGUUGAUGAGGGGUCUAUCAAAAUUUCUGAAGACAAGGUUGAAUUUGAUGUGGUAGAUCGCCGUAAUGCUAAAGAACGAGAACACGUUGAGUUGAAGAUCAGCCCAAAAGAAUUGGCUACUCCAAAGCUGAUCGAAGACCACCUAUCCAAUUCUCGAAAAGCUGGAAUGAAAGAGGCAUACUCCAAAGUAAAUAAAGGUUUAGCUGUUCAUGGCCUAAUAUUUUCUGCUCUCGGUGCCUUAAACGCGUUUCAGGAAGGUGAUAACCUUCGAGGUGCUGUUAGCUUGGCCCAGUCUGCUCACACGCUUGGAGGACUUACUGGUCUCAAUGAGAUGGUUUCCAAAGUUGGGAAACGAGUUCUCAGUAGUGCAGCUAAGGGGUUGGCUAAAGGCUUAAACUUAGAGAAAGGCUUGGAAACGUUGUCUAGCAAGGUGGAAAGGUUCGCGGAGAGGGGAGUCGGAGAGUUGUUGGGUGCCAUCCCUGGCGUGGGACUUGCAUUCGAUAUCUACUUCAUUGAACAAGACAUAGAACAGUUAGCCGAUUUAAAUCUAAAUGAUCCUGAAGACCUCAAGCUAUUGCCACUUCGUGUGAUUGAUUUAGCUCUUGACGUAAGUAUCACGGUACUGAACUUAGUAGGAACAUUGUGCCCUGAAGCGGAAGUCGUCACCGAACCUCUUGUGAUCGUUCUCUCAAUAAUACGAAUGGCUAUUGACGACUUCUACAUCGAUAUUAUGGCCGAGGUGGAGAAAGUCAAUUGGAAGAGUCCAUGGGCUGGAUUAGAGUUCCUUGCGGCCCUAGUCAAAGGUUUCUUGGAUGGAGCUGCAGAUUUUCUAACAGGUGGACUAAGAAGACAGAUGGAGGCUUACAGGAAACAAGAGGAAUAUGACAAAAAACUCAUCCGCGACUUGAAAAACCCAGACAACUAUUACAAGAUAGUAGGGGAAAAGAAGGGAAGUGGAGAAAGAAUUGAUUUUACCCAAGGGAGGCUGUCAAGUUUUGGUGGCUAUAUUAACUUCAGGCUCCUUGACAAUAACCGUGCUACCUUAGAAAUUGGAGAUGUAUCUGGCAGCCAUGAAACAAUUCGUAAGACAUUUUCAGUUGGUUCAAAUCUUAAAGACAUCGUGCUUGGGAUAGGGGAGUCGAGGAGUUUCACAUACAAGCACGAGACUGCUAAGCUGUGGUUCGUUAUUCCCGUUAAGUCAUACAAUGUCAUUUGCGGAGCAAAUCUACAUGAGAAAUCAGUUUAUGGAACUUAUUACGGAAACUCCAAGAAUAACACCUUUUACGCCGUGCAGCAUCCAAAACCAACAACAAAGCCCACUGGAAAAAAGAAUGAAGAGUGCAACUUUGGAAAAUUAAAUCUUAACUUUCUUACUGGAAAUUAUCAUUACAAUCUGUAUGGGCGAGGCGGUAACGACACAUUUUACCUAGGACCAGAAAUGUCUAGUGUAACUGGGGGAUCUGGAAGUGAUCUGUUCAUUAUCCAGUCGGACGGGGGAAAAACAAUUAUAGAUAAUUUUGCUGAAGAUAACAUGCGCGACAUCAUUGUCAUCAACGUUGACUAUGAUGACAUCCGAUGUUAUCAGAGUGGAACUGAUCUGGAUGUCACUUAUUCCAAGAGUCAUCACAUUCGUAUCAAGAACUGGUUCAUUCCUGGAGAUCCGACGUACUACCGUCACGUCUCAUUUCGUAGUAAGGACGGAGUCAUUUUCGUCCCCAAACAAACCCUAAAUAGCGAAGCUAUCCAUGAUGUUAAAUGUGAGGCGGUGGCUCUAGAUUUAGGCGCCGCAAAAACGGGCCAAACGGUCUCACUUCUUGAUAAUAAAUACAGUCAAGUCAAACAAGUGUCGGGGUCAAAAAGCUCAGAUAAUAUUGCUGGAAAUAAUGUCAAUAACAUCAUAGAUGGAGGUCCCGGAGCUGAUCGUUUGGCUGGAGGGAAGGAUGAAGACACAUACAUCAUCAGGGCAAACGAAGGUUGCGAUGUUAUUGACAAUAAUGCAGAGGAUUACUCGACCACUACUGACAUUGCGGUGUUCGAGGUACCGUUUGAAAUGAUAGAAGUUAAAACAGAAGGUAAUCAUCUCUCUGUAACAGACAGAAACAAUGCCCAACGCUCGUGCUUCACUAUAAUAAACUGGAUCUUAGGACACCGUUACAGACAUAUGCUCUUUACCUCUGGAGAUCACGUUGUCUUUAAAGUGUCCACCAAGGAAGACGGAAGUGUAUCCAAAGUACCAAUUAUGCUGGAUUACAAAACUUCCCCAACCGGUAUCUGUGUCGAUUUGUCGGAUUCACCGAGUCCAGACUGCAUUAAACCAACGGGCUACAACGACGUCGCCACAGUCUCUGAUUCCCCCCACAACGACCACAUAGUGGGAAAUGAUCAGAGCAAUUUUUUGAGCUGUAUUGGAGGAGAAGAUUAUCUUGAGGGCGGAGAAGGUACUGACAAUUAUGUUGUGAAAAAAGCAUGUCGAAAAGCGACAAUUAACAACUUUGACAGUCGCCAGAAAGUUGACUUAGCUCAUGUAGAGGAAACGUUUGUAAACUUACAACUGCAGAGAGACGACAGAGAUUUAAAGGUUACCUCAAGUCAUGGAACACCUACUGUAGUAUUACGUAGUUGGUUUCGCUCGUCUGACUACCAGCAUCUUGGAAUAAGAACUAUCGAUGGAAUUACACUUAGAAUAAACAGUAAGACAGCUCAACUUGAGGCAUAUGAGGUAUCUAAGGAUCCCACUGAAUGUCAAUGCACGCAUGCAGGCUGUGACAAGGGGCUGAUAACAUACAAUCUUGACGAAAAUCCUUGGAAAAACGUGGUCCGCUUUCAAUUGAAAUCAAGUCAAUGCAGUUACAAAAUUUAUGGGAACAAACUGAAUAAUUACUUUGACCCCGGAGCUGGAAAUGGUUAUAAUUACCAGCAUCUGGAAGGAAGGGAUGGAUCAGAUACCUAUGUGUUAAACCAUGGAUAUGGAGAGUUCAAUGAAAUCAACAAUUAUGCAGAUGACAGCAAAACAGAUAACCUUCAACUUGGAAUGGAAUUUGAUGAUAUUCGUGUAUAUUUUCACGGCCGAAACGAUGUUAUUGUCGCUUCAAACAGACGACCUAGCUCACUCAGCGUUCGAAUUCUAGAUUACUUCAGUGGUGGGAAAUAUCAACAUCUCCAUAUAAUAUCCUCGGACAAAGUGGUCUUUAUUAUCAUUAAACAAUACCCGUACAAAAAGGUCAUUGCCGUCGACCGUACAAUCAUUGACUCACCACAAAACAUUGAUCCGCAAAAGAAUAGUAUAAUCGCAGCAGCUGAAGAUUUGAAGGGAUCGCUUACCUCUUCGAACGAACUGACAGGCAGUGACACAACAAGGGAAAUUGAAGGUGGUGCUCAGGCCGACGUUCUACGUGGUGGACAAACAGGAACAAUUUUUGAAGGAAAGCAAGGUAAUGAUAAGAUAUAUGGUGGAGCUGGUAAUGAUAUAAUUUUUGGAGGGGAUGGUGAUGACAUCAUCUAUGGCGGAGACGGAGAUGAUUACAUUUAUGGAGGAGAUGGCGGAGAUAUCAUUGAUGGCGGCGAUGGUAGUGAUACCCUCACUUUCAGAGGCGAUGGUUUCCGUCUCAGAGGAGUAACUGUUGAUCUCAAAAUUGGAUUUGGAAAAGGAGUUGAUGCAGAAGGAGAUAUCUAUAACAGCAUCGAAAACGUAUACGGCACCAUUCAUAAUGAUUUUCUGAUCGGUUCUGAUUCUGAUAACAAGCUUUGUGGGCUUGAAGGAGAAGACACACUGGCUCCUCAUGGUGGCGUUGAUAAACUGGUUGGAGGUGAAGGAAAAGAUUCGUAUUUACUCUAUAAGGCUUCUGGGUUAAAAAUCAUAGACAACUACGCGGAUGAUGAAAUUGAAGACACCCUCUCCUUGGUUCAUUUAAACUCCGCCGAUGUUUGCAUCUUCUUAGUUGGAGAUGACUUAUAUCUACAAGCUGAUAAAUCUAACUUGGCCUCAGUUCUUUAUUACGGCGAACGUUUGUCAGUAGUAAUAAGAAGCUGGAAUGUGAAUGCAAAGUAUCGACACCUAAAAGUGUUAUUUAGUAACAAUGUGUGGGAAGGGUUCGCGCUAUCUGCCAUCGCCACAAAAAUGGAGACACUAACAAAUUCUGUGAACUUUAUCGAAAAGGAAACUAACUUGCAGGUUGUUUCUGCAAGUGCUACAGACGUUAGCUUGUCAUGGCAGGAAACAGAAGGCACUUUGAAGCUUUCCGAAACGGAGUUAUUCCUUGUACAUUUUAAGCAACUGGAACCAAAAACCUUAGUGAAAACAAAAGUAGAUAACGAAAUAUCAUUAACUGUCACGUCUCUUGAUCCAACUUCCCACUACGUCUUUGCUCUGGCAUUAACAAAGUGCAAAGCCACAAUCGCAGUAUCCCACACGCUUAUAACCUACGGUCGUGAAAGAUCCUGUCCCGCAGCACAAGUACCACACUCGGUUGUUCAGUACACUCCACCCCCAACUGCAUCAACUCCUGCUCACGGCACAAUUGCCAGCUUGAAGUGUGAUGGCGGAUACAACAUUGACGCACAGAACACCGAAAGAAAAACAACAUGCUUAGACCAAGAAUGGAUCCCCUCCCUUCCCGUUUGUAAGAAAAUAAAACAGUGUCCUGUCCUCACAAAGCCGCCUAACGGGGACGUUUCUUCAAACGGACAUGACGAAGGAUCAAAAGCUUAUUAUGUUUGCCACAAAGGAUUUCUGCUCGACGGCCCAAAGGAACGAAACUGUGUAGAUGAAAACUGGGAUGGGACAAUUCCUGAUUGUCAGCCGCUAAGUUGCCCAAGACCACCAAGUGUUGAUUAUGGAUCGUAUCUUCCCUGCGAUUAUAUAAAGCAUACAAAGACGUACGGAACAAUGAUCAGCCCUCUUGAAGGCUACUGCAUUACGCUUAAAUGUACUAACUUAUAUCUUCCAAGUCACGUAUUUAAUGGGAAGAUGCACCGCCCUCGCUGGGAAAGUGACUGGGAAAUACCACAAGGCGGACGAGUGUGUAGCGAUGGAAAGUGGAUUGGUUACGUGGACGAAAUUUGUGAACCAGUUGCUAGACUUGCCAAUGUGAUAGAUCGGUGGAAUAAAAAGAGUGGUUUACUUCAACUCUGGCAAAAUAAUGCAUGGGCGGUCGCAUCGUCUAUCCCAUCACCAAACAUUCUUGGUCUUUCUUGCAAAAGUGUGGGAAUAGAUGAUCCCCAGCAUCUAACACAUAGCUCAAGCAGUUCCCAGAUAAGUGUAACUUGCUCUAAACUACGCCUGACACGGCCGAAGCCAACUAUUUAUGAAGGAAAAGUUGAAGUAUUAGCUAACGGAAACUGGGAAGGAGUAUGCGUGACGGAAACAGGAACACCUGCUAGCCAGACUGCAAGCAAGCAGAUUUGUGAGGCACUCGGC